CGUGUGCACUCUCACUUGAGUCGUAAUGACGUAUCAAAACGUCACGAGUAUUUUUUACUUUAAAAACAUGAUGUAUUUUUAAUCAAUCAACCAAUCAAUCAAUCGUACUCGUGAGACAAUGACGGUUUGAAAUUCAUCAGUGGCAUGUGCAUAAAUUAAAUAAUUCCAACAAUUUCAAUCAUUCAAGAUCAAUGAAUACCCAGUGAUUACACACGCGAUAAACGUUCCAUUUAAAAAUAAAAUUUACCUGAGUAAAUAAAUACGAAAUGAGAGACAACGCCUGCCAUCCACGCAACCCGUGGAUGCAGCCCGGGGGCGGAGGUGGCGGUGGCCACGGACGAGGCACUAAUCCCGGAGAUGAUGAAGCGCCCAAGGAUCCUGGCGCACGUAUCACGCAUCAGUCUUUUUCGGAGAAGGAUUAUGAAGGACACAGGGCGCACACGGUGUAUGUGGGGGUUCAUCUCCCAGGUGAAAAACGACAUCGUCGCCAUCACAAACAUCACCACCCACGUCAGCCCGACAGCAAAGAGGAGCCCGAGAAUGAGCGACCCAGGCCAUUGAUGAUGGCGAGAAGGGGUAGUCGACUAGCUAGCAUCUGUGACCCCGAUGGCGAGACUAUAUUCACUCCACCGGCACAAAGGGUGCAAUUUAUCCUGGGUGAAGAGGUCGGAGACGAUGCCCACGAGUCUCAUCCACUUUUCUCGGAAAUGGAGGAGCUUGUCAAGGAUGGAGAUGAGAUGGAGUGGAAAGAAACAGCCCGUUGGAUAAAGUUCGAGGAGGACGUUGAAGAGGGUGGAAACCGCUGGAGCAAGCCGCACGUAGCGACGUUAUCGCUCCACUCAUUAUUCGAGCUCAGAAGUCUUCUGCUCAAUGGCACAGUUAUGCUCGAUAUGGAGGCCAGCAGUCUCGAGCAAAUUGCCGAUCUAGUUCUCGAUAACAUGAUCAGCAAAGGAGUCCUCCCAAUUGACACCCGAGAGAAGGUGAGGGAGGCUCUGCUGGUGCGACAUCGGCAUCAGCACGAGCGCCGGAAGGACAACAACAUGUCUCGUCUACCCAUCAUCCGGUCGUUGGCGGAUAUCGGGAGGAACCACUCGUCGUCAAAGAAUUGUGACUUUACAUGUGGUAUGCGUGGCUUGUUGACAUCAGAUUUACAGGCUCGUCCCAGUGAUGCAUACACACCAGCUGUGCCGCGCAGUACAAGCUGUCCAAAUCCAAAUACAGCACUUAUAUCGAAAGACUCGAAAGACCUAAAAGGACCGUAUCUCCUUGUACCAGGUCAAGAGCCAACGAUAGAUCGAAGUCCCAGUAGUAUAUCGAUAAGCAGAAAUCACAGUUCAGGUGGUUUAGAUAACGGAGACGGCAAUCACAAGGUAAAUACGCAUUUUAUGCGGAAAAUCCCGGCAGGUGCCGAGGCAAGUAAUAUCCUAGUUGGAGAGGUUGAUUUCCUGGAGAAAACACUACCGGCCUUUAUCCGCCUCAGCCAAGCCAAUAUGAUGGGAGAUUUGACGGAAGUGCCAGUGCCCACGAGAUUCAUCUUCAUUCUUCUCGGGCCGAUGGGUGGGAUUUCCGGCUUUCAUGAGAUCGGGAGGGCCAUGGCGACCCUCAUGUCCGACGAGGUCUUCCACGAUGUCGCCUACAAAGCCAAGAAUAGAAAUCACCUACUAGCGGGGAUCGACGAAUUUUUGGAUGCUGUCACCGUCUUGCCACCUGGGGAGUGGGAUCCGACGAUAAGAAUAGAACCACCUGCAGCUAUUCCCUCACAGGACACUAGAAAGAGGCCAAAAGAAGAGAAACCUAAAGAGGAGGUGGACGAAGAGGCCGACGAACAAAAGCUCCGCGAGGAGUCUGGAUUAUCGAGAACGGGGAGAUUAUUCGGCGGGCUCAUCAACGAUAUUAAGAGAAAAGCUCCGUUCUACAUCACCGAUUUCAAGGACGCCAUGGCACUGCAGUGCAUCGCAUCCUUCAUCUUUCUGUACUUCGCUUGUCUCUCGCCUAUCAUCACGUUUGGAGGUCUUCUCAGUGAAGCCACCGGGAAGAACAUGGCCGCCAUGGAGUCUCUCGUAUCCGGUUUCGUUUGCGGAGUCGGUUACGGCUUCUUCUCUGGUCAACCGCUCACCAUUCUUGGCUCUACGGGGCCUGUACUUGUGUUUGAGACAAUAGUUUUCGAAUUUUGCAGAAAAACCGCGUGGAACUACAUGUCCUUCCGAUUUUGGAUCGGCUCCUGGAUCGCCGGAAUUCUCAUAGUACUAGUGGCAAUCGAUGCGAGCGCCUUUGUCUGUUAUAUCACGAGAUUCACGGAGGAGAAUUUUGCUACUUUAAUAGCCUUCAUCUUCAUAUACAAAGCAGUGGAAAAUGUCUUUGCCAUUGGGAAGAAGUAUCCUCUCAAUACUCACGGAAAUGAACUCCUGGACAUGAAUUGCUUAUGCAGACCGCCUAAUAGUACGUUAACAGUAUUGCCGGGGAGCUACAGCAGCGUUAAUUGGACUGCUUUGGAUAAAGUUUCGUGUCAGAAUUUGAACGGUACUUUAACAGGGGACGGAUGCACAACGCCUCAGUACGUACCCGAUGUGUUCCUUAUGUCAAUUAUACUUUUCAUGGGGACAUUUUUGCUGUCUGUCGAGCUCAAGGACUUCAAAAAUGCCCUAUUCUUCCCCUCCAAGGUGAGACAAAUCGUGAGUGACUUCGCAGUGAUAAUCGCAAUAUUUUCAAUGUCAAUACUCGACUACUGCACGGGAAUAGCCACUCCAAAGCUCGAAGUGCCGAGUGAAUUCAAGCCAACCCUCGAGGGACGCGGCUGGAUCAUCUGGCCGUUCCAAGAAAAUCCAUGGUGGAGUGCUAUUGUCGCGUGCCUACCAGCACUACUGGGAACAAUUUUAAUUUUCAUGGAUCAACAAAUCACUGCGGUUAUCGUCAACAGAAAAGAAAAUAAACUGAAAAAAGGCUGCGGCUAUCAUCUUGAUCUUUUCGUUCUGGCGAUAUUGAUUGAAAUCUGCUCAGUAAUGGGAUUACCCUGGUUCGUAGCCGCCACCGUCCUGUCAAUAAAUCACGUUAAUUCGCUCAAACUCGAGUCGGAGUGUGCAGCACCUGGUGAAAAACCACAGUUUCUGGGGGUGCGAGAACAACGUGUCACCCACAUAUUGAUAUUUCUCAUGAUUGGUUGUUCUGUUCUACUCACACCAAUGCUGAGCCACAUUCCAAUGCCUGUACUGUUUGGGGUAUUCCUGUACAUGGGCGUUGCAUCACUCAAGGGCCUCCAAUUCUUCGAUAGAAUACUGAUCAUGCUCAUGCCUGUCAAAUAUCAACCUGACUACAUGUUCCUACGUCAGGUCCCUCUGAAGCGAGUUCACAUGUUCACGUUAAUUCAGAUUGCUUGUCUUGCCUGUCUCUGGACGAUAAAAUCGUUUAGCAGCACCUCAAUCUUAUUCCCGUUAAUGUUGGUGGUGAUGAUUGGCAUUCGUAAAUCAUUGGAUCUUCUUUUCACCCGUCGUGAGCUCAAGAUUCUUGAUGACGUUAUGCCAGAGUCAACCAAGAAGCAUGCCGACGAUCUACGUCAGUUGGAGAGCGGCGAGGAGCAGCAGGAAGCGUCGGAUUACGGUGAUACCGGUAACCUCCAGAUAUCAUUGGCUAAUGGUAAUGUCAUGAAGAUACCUUUGGCCAGCAUCAAUAUCAGCGAGGAAGUCAAUAAAAGUGGAAUUUGGAAGCAAGUCAACGAUGUCAAUUCAACUGAGAAGAAGCAACCGAAGAUGAUCAAUGUGGGGAAGCAGAAGAAGCAAUCUAAGAGGGAGGGGAGUCCGGUGGACGAGACGACGCGGUUAACCACUAUGACUGAGGAGGAUGAGGAUGACUGCGGUAUCUCUAUCAAGGUAGAUCUUAUUCGCUCUAAGGAAUCCGGAUCCUUUAAAGCGAAUGGCACCACGUCCGCUGAAACUUCAGUUUGAAGAGUGACAGUCUUGAGAACAAUUCUGGGAAGAUUGUCUUCCUUUAAUGAUAGUGUUAAUGAACGGUACGAAUUCAUUGGAAUUCAUUGAAUUAAUUGAUGCGAAAAUCAGGGAAUGUCAGUGUAAAAAGUGUUGUCUGCAUCGAGUUUCGCUCGUUGGAAGUUGCAUUCACAGUUGAUCAGCUCAUGACUUAUUUACGACGCACAUUGCAUCUUCUGAUCAACAGAUGGAACAAAAGAAUUCAAGUAUUACAUUCUAAUUCUUACGAUUGUGGUGAUAAGAUGUGUCGAUUUAGUAUUACUCGGUUAUCAUUAGAGACACUUCCAUGAACGAUUGAAAGUAUGAAAUUUUUACGCUAACGAUGUUAAUAUUAACGAUCUACAUAUGUUUGGUGGGUAUUUGUGUGCUUGUUAUUAUAGUAUUCGCGUUGAAUUUGUUGAUUUACAACAAGUGCUCAUUAUCAUUGUUGUCUGUUGUAAGUUGUCGUUAUUAGGGUGUGUGGAUUCGGGACUAUCAGUUUUCAGAAUAUGUGCAAUGUGUAUCUCUAAUUAUUGAAAUUUGUAUUGAUAUUGUUUUUGAUAGUCAACGAGUCCGUGUUAUUUGACGUCUGGUAUCUGAUUGCUUUUGAGAGCAUUUUUCGGGUAGACAUGUGGUGAGUGUUAUGAGAGAUAAAUUUUGUUGAAUAAAAAAAUUUAUAUGAAAUGAGCCUAAGUCGAUGGAAUUCACUGUAAGGGAUAUAUUAUUUUGCCACAUUCUCAGUGCCAUUGCGUAUGCAAACAGAUGUAUGUUUCAAUAUAUUAUGAAUAAAGGAUUAAUAAUAAAAUUGA